CCCGGCAGGACACGAGUGGUGGCAGCUAUUAAUAAAGCGCGAGGAGGGGAGGGGAGGGGAUCCUUGCAACCAGAGGCGGCACUGCCAUCAUCAGCCCCCCAUCACUGCUGCUCACAGUCGUCACCCACCCCACCCCAGCCAUACCAGAAGGGAGCAAGAAGACGACGAGAUGAUGGCGGACGAGCGCUUGCCUCAAAUGGCCGGCGCCCGCAUGGUUCUCGCUAGAGCGGCUGGAUCCUCCGCACGGAAACGCGCCCGCGGUUGAUUAGGUCCGCUGUGGGCCCCCCUGGCUCGCCGCGUCCGCGCGAGGCGUCGUCGUCUGCUGCGGCGGCGGCUUGUGGUUAUAGUGGACUGUGGAGUACUGAGAGGACAGCAGGCAGGCGUCACCUGCGUGAAUGGUCAUCAUGGCUGGGAUGCUCCCCGGCGUGGAGUGCGCGCGGCGGCGGCGGCUCCGGCAGGGUGCGGAGGCGGCCGGAGGAGGCACGAGGCGGUCCUCCUUCUGCCUGUACGCGGCCGGCCACGGCGGUGCUGGUGGCCUUGGCGGCGGCGGCAAUUCUGGCAAGCAGCAGCGGAGCGGCGUGAUGGAGAUGAUCCACGGGUGGACGCUGGACAGCAAUGCCCGGGAGGCCAAGGAGCGGCUGGACCAGAAGCUGCGGAGCAAGAGGGAGGCCGCCAUCAAGAGGCAUCACAGCACGGGGAGCAUAAAGCUGAGCAGACCGCACCGGAGCGGAAGCGGCGGUACCGCCGCCUCCGCCGGCGCCGUCGCGGACGAACGCGGCGAGUGCUCGGCGAUGUCCGGCGUGCAGCGGGAGGUGUACUCGAAGAAAGGCGUGAUGCGGCGCCUGAUGCGGUGGAGCCGGCCGCGGUGGGCCGCGGCGGAGCAGGCGGAGUGCGCGGUGUGCCUGGACGAGUUCCGCGCCGGCGACGUCCUGGCGCACCUCCCCUGCGGCCACCGCUUCCACUGGUCCUGCGCUCUGCCCUGGCUCGAGGGCACCUCACGCUGCCCCUUCUGCCGCGCCGCCGUCGACGCCGCCGCCGCCAGUAAUAAUUAAUCCCCACGCCACCGCCACCGCCACCGCCUAGCGCCUACACAGAGGCUCGAUCGGGGCCUCUUGCCCGCGGCCGCGGUGCCGCCGGGUCGACCCAGCGAGCGCCUUUUGUCGUCGCUGUCGACCCACGCCAGCCAUUGCCACGCUAGUGGAAUGGUGACUGGCCUUGUGUGGCGCAGAGCGGAGCACGGGCGAAACGCGCACGAAGGAAGAAACCGUGGGUGCCUCGACGGUUUCGCACGCUUUGGGCGCACCACAAGGCAGAAUUCGGCAUAGGUUGUGCCGUUUUGCCCUUUCGCCGUGUCCUCUCGUCAAUCGGGAGCAAGGAGAGCGUUUUUUUGGUUGUUGUGGCGGCUGGAGCGAGUGAGCGACGCCGCCGCCGGGCAUUUCUGUUUUUGGUGUUGGCGGUUCCAGUACGUAAUGCAUGUGAAGAUGGUCGUCUGAAUGCCUGAUCUAGUAGAGGGGAAUAAAAAAAGAACUGUGAAUUAGAUCAAUCGCGCGCUCCGUGUACAGUGUUGUUACUUUGAACUUAAUGGUUGUCUGUUUGCUCGGUUCAAGAUACAACGCAGUUCUGUUGCAGGUCUCUUUAGAACGUAGUACUAGGAUCUA